AAGAGAGAAAACAAUGGCGACUUAAUCACCCUUAUAGAUUUAUGGCUAAACCGAGUAAAAACAGAGAUGGCACAUUGAAUCUAAUGAUUUGGCAGUGCUUCAUACCAGGAAAGAAGAAUACUCCUUGGGAAGGUGGUGUUUUUUCAUUGCGUAUGUUCUUCAAAGAUUCAUAUCCAUUAAGUCCACCUAAGUGCAUGUUUCCGUCUCAAUUCUUUCAUCCAAACGUUUACCCAUCUGGAAACGUUUGUUUACCAUUAUUGGAUCAGUAUGGUGGUUGGAAUUCCUCCAUAACAAUCAAACAAAUUCUGUUAAGUAUUCAACAACUUCUAUGUGAACCAAACAUCAACUAUCCAGUGCAGCGGAAGGCACAUUAUUACUAUUGCCAUGACCGUAAUAAAUAUGAUAAGAUAGUAAGGGCACAAGCAGCUUAUGCGUCAAGAUUUUAUGGAGCAUACUAGUUGAUGAUG